CUGUGCGCCUCGACUACUCACCCACUCACUCACUCCUUCUCUCACUCAAUCCCUUGCUCACCCUCAUGUCGCAUAUGUCACUUUUACACAUGUCACCAGGGCCAGAUGCGGCAUUGGCCCAUUGUUCUCCUCCUCCUCCUCCUCCUCCGUGCUGAACGCCUUUCCCAAUAAAACCCCCUCCCCCUCCCCCUCUUCCAUAGUUGCUUUCACUCACUCCUCAUCCAUUGGCAUCCGACACAUACAUACACACACACACACACACACUCUCUCUCUCUCUCUCUCUCUCUCACCACAUAUCAUUGAGCCCCAGUCAAGAGCACAAUGACCGAUCGUGGAGAGGGCUGGAACGCCCGUCUGGGCGUGAACACGAACGAAAUACCGACAUCCCAACACCUGCCCAACGCGACGUCGGGCGCAGAACAAGACCGGUACGGCGGCUGGUUUGGCGGAAGGGUCGCCGACAAGGCCGGCGAGAAGAUGAACCAGGCCGCUGAGACUGUCAAGGAGAACCUCCCUCGCGGCGCCGGUGCCGAACAAGAACGCGUCGCCGGCUGGUUUGGCGACAAGGCCGACAAGGCGGCCCGCAAAUUCGACCAGGCCGCCGAGAAGGUCAAGGAGAACAUCCCGCGUGGCGCUGGCGCUGAACAGGAUCGCUACGAGGGCUGGUUCGGCGGCGACAAGCUGCCUUCCGUCAACGAGUUCAGCGAGAGGCUGCCGCACGUCUCGGGCGCCGAACAGGACCGGUAUAACCGCUGGUUCGGCGGCGACAAGGGGCCUUCGGGCACCUGGGUCCGAGAACACCUCCCGCAGGCCUCGGGUGCUGAGCAGGACCGCUACGCCUCCCAUUGGGAGGGCGCCGCGGACAAGCUCACCGACAAGAUCAAGGAGAAGCUCCCGCGCGGCACCGCUGCCGAGCAGGAGCACGUCGCCGGCUGGUUCGGCGACAAGGCCGACAAGGCGGCCCGCAAGUUCGACCAGGCCGCCGAGAAGGUCAAGGAGAAUAUCCCGCGCGGCGCCGGCGCCGAGCAGGAGCGUUUCGGCGGCUGGUUCGGCGGCGACAAGCUGCCGUCGGCCUCGCAGGCGGCGGACCAUCUGCCCAAGGCCUCCGGAGCCGAGCAGGACCGCUUCGGAUCCCACUUCGAGGGCAAGGCGCCGUCGGCGGACCGCAUCUACAGAAAGCUCCCUAGGGUCUCGGGCGCCGAGCAGGAUCGGUACAGCUCCCACUUCAGCCUUCACCCGAGCAACCCCGUCAACACGGCGACGACGACGACGCUCGGACUCCUCCAGAACGCCGUCCUUCCCUCUUUCGGCCUCCACGCCGGCCUCAGCACCGUCGCGUACGCCGUCGCUCGGUACACCGACAGAGCCGAGGCAAAGGACUGGCUGUGGCCUUCGGGCCAGGUCGCCAACGCCUGGUGGACGGCCAUCGGCGCCCGCGUCGUCCACGACGGCCUCUCGGUCCCGGCGGCCUGGAACUCGCUCGGCUACACCCAGAAGCUGCUCCUCUCGGGCGUCAGCGCCUGGGGCGUGCGCCUCUUCUACCGCGUCGCCUCCCGCAGCGUGAAGCGCGGCAAGGAUGACGCCCGCUACGUGGCCGCCAAGAAGAGGGACCCCAAGUUCUGGGACAAGGCCUUCUUCACCAUGUUCUUGCCCGAGGCCGCGCUGCAGGCCCUGAUCGCCCUGCCCUUCACCCUGCCCUUCCGCGCGCCCCUCACCUGCGCCGCCAGCUCGCCCUUCACCGACUACCCCGAGACCUUCCACAGCCUGGCCGUCUUCCUGUUCACCGCCGGCUUCGCCCUUGAGACCCUCGCCGAUACCCAGCUGGAGGACCACUCCCGCAAGAGCAAGGAGCUCAACCGCGAAGGCGUCUGGAGCAUCGUCCGCCACCCUAACUACCUCGGCGACGCCCUCUGCCACCUCUCCUUCCCCGUCCUCCUCUACAGCGCCGGCAUGCUGCACCCGCUCGCCGCCCUAGGCCCUGUCUUCAACUACUUCAUCCUCCGCUACCUCGGAGGCGACAAGGAGAACGAGGCCAGCCAGGAGGAGCGCUACGCAAAGGAGAACCCGCUCAAGUUCCAGCAGUUGCAGGAGUACAAGCGCGACAAGAACAGCUUCUGGCCCAGCCUCAGCGAGUACGACAACAAGUGGGUGUUGACCGUCGCGGCCGUCGGCGCCGUCGGCGUUGUUGUCGAGAGGGGCCUGUUGGCCUACUUCCGGGGUUGAGAAAGAUGAUGUAUGACGGAAAUAUGUGUUUUAAUUAGUGUAAUUAUUGCCUGGGAAUAAUGGCAGAUAUCAAA